CGUCAUACCUUUAUUUAGGAGGAGUCUGGUUUUCCAGCAGUCAAUCAGCAAAUCUGUGUCACUGGUGCGAGUAGGAAGGGUAAGGAACUCCCGAUCACACAAUCUAAACUCGAAAUUGGAAUAAACAUCGUUUGUCCUCAAGGUAUUAGUGAACAUUUCGCUUAAAAUGUGAAGUAAUCAACGGCGGGCUUGUAGCCUAUUAAUCAUUGGACGAUACGUCUACGGAAAGUUUGAACGCUACCUUUUACAGCACGGAUGUCAGAUGCGCCAUCUCCAUGCGCUACAGGGUUGCAGUUUUCUGAAGAAGUGAGAAGGAGAGUUUUCGGUUUUUUGGGGGGCGACUUGGAGACAAUUCACUUCAUGAUGAGAGAACGAACCUGGGUUUAGGAUUCAAAGACAAGGUUGCUGCCACACCCCUCCCCCCUAUGUGUCCCAUUGGCUGCUGUUCCCCAGGGGGUGGGACUCAGUAUGGGUUAAGAGCUGUGAGGCCAGACUGAGAGGACAGUGAAGGCUGACACACUCCACCCGCCGCACAGGUGGCUAGAGAUCAGAGGUCGUAGCUAGAGGUCAUGGCGGGCCUGAGGAGGAAGCUGAAAUUUCUGGUGACGUUGAUGACGGUCAAUCUCUUCAUCUUCAUCCUAGUGUUCCACAGAGAGGAGGAGGAGGACAGGACAAGGGACACAACAAGGUUCUGUGUUGUCCUUGUCCCCUCCAAGCGCUUCUGGUCCAAACUGGCUCCUAGUCAGGCCUACUGGAACCGCCAGCAACAGAGACUGGACCGCCAACACAACCCUAUCCUCGCCUCCUCCAAUAGUAACAACACUAGCGAUGAUGAUGUCAGACCUGUCCCUGAUUGGCUCAACGACACGGGGCUGAACCCUGACCCCUGCCAACCGGACUACAGAGUCACCACUCGCGUGAAAGACUACAAUUCCCUACCUCCCCGUUUUAAAGACUUCCUGCUCUACAUGCGCUGUCGGUCGUACCCUCUAGUGGUGGACCAGCCUCACGUCUGCCAAACGACCUGGACAGGGGAGCCGCCCUUCCUCCUACUGGCCGUCAAAUCCCUUGCUCCGCACUUUGACCGCCGCCAGGCCAUCCGCCAGUCGUGGGGUCGAGCCGGCGUCCUCGCCAACCGGACGGUUGUCACGGUGUUCCUGCUCGGCAACACCACGGCCGCGGACCACCACCCAGAUCUGUCAGAGAUGCUGCGCUAUGAGAACGCUCACCACCGCGACAUCCUCCAGUGGGACUACCGGGACUCGUUCUUCAACCUGACCGUCAAGGAGGUGCUCUUCCUGGACUGGAUGACCACGCGCUGCCCUGGAGCUCAGUUUAUCUUUAAAGGGGACGAUGACGUCUUUGUCAAUACGUUGAGGAUCCUGGCCUUCCUCAAGGGCCUCUCGGGGCCCCGGGCAAGGGACCUGUUUGUAGGGGAUGUGAUCACCAACGCAGGGCCAAACAGGAAUAAAAAGGUUAAGUACUUCAUUCCAGAGAGUUUGUUCGUUGGCAAGUACCCGCCAUACGCGGGUGGAGGGGGGUAUCUGUACUCCGGGGACCUGGCCAAGCGGCUGCACGGGGCAUCGCAGCACGUACCGCUCUACCCCAUCGAUGACGUUUACACAGGGAUGUGUCUGAGGAAACUGGGGCUGGGGCCGGAGAAACAUAAAGGCUUUAAGACGUUUGACAUUGAGGAGAAGUACAGGAGGAACCCGUGUGCCUAUAAGGGUCUGAUGCUGGUGCAUAGCCGGACACCGCAGGAGAUGAUCCAGAUCUGGACCUGGCUCAAUGACCCCAACUUGACCUGUCAGUAACUACCCAGCCGGUGUCCAUUUUGACUUGAGCUAUCAGAAACCGGGGACAACAGGUGUCUGUGGCCGUCUUUGAUUUGAGCUGUCAGUAACCAGGGAAGACGGGUGACUUAAACUGUCGCUAACUUCCUGGACCAGACACCACGACAGGCAGCCAUUUUGUUAUGUUGGUUGUUAUAGUAACUCUGUGAGAGGUCAGUGGCCACUGUUUUGUGACACUUGGUAGGGUUGUUACGUUCUAAAGGUCAGACACCGUUUUGAGGGUAGGAUUAUUACUCUUGGAGGGUCAGUGGAACAUUGGCAGCUUUAAUGUUAUUAUCAUGGUUGUUGGUGUUAGUUUACCAUCUUCAGAGUUGAAUCUUGGAUAAACAUUUCAGGUUUUCAAUCCCAAGAUAAAGAUGGCAUGAUUGUGAUGGCAGACCAACGUGUCUCUGAGCUUUCUAAAUGGUCAAGAUGGUGUUAUGAUGGUGAAGUCUGAUGGACCUUUCAUGAUUCCCCACUGUGUCUGACGGCACAAAGAGCCUGUACCAUGCUGUAUUAUGAGGGGUUGGAGACGGAGGUUGUGUGAAUGAGCAGCCUGAUCCCAGAUCUGUUGGUUGUUUGUUGUGAAAAUGACCAUAAGAGUUGGCAAGACUGGCACAAACUGAUCUGGAACCAGGCUAAUGGAUGAGUGCUCAGCUGGUCUGGGCCGUGCUAGAUAGAAAUGUCCAAAAAGAUGUUUGGUCGUCCCUGUUGGAUAAUGUAACUUGGGAACAUAAAUAAAAUAAAAAGAGCACAUGUUCAACUUAAAAAACCAAACUUCUUCCAGUCUGAAGAGAUCUGACGGAUGGACCUUUAUGAUAAUACUUUAACACCGUGUGUCUGACGUCACAAAGAGCUUUUAAAAUGCUGUAAAACAGUGACUAUAGGCUAAGUGCCAAAUAAAGUAACGGGGUUGACCGUAACGGGGUUGACCGUAACGGGGUUGAUUAGUUCAUCUUAAAUCAGCCAUAAAUCUCUGUGACAGGGGAAUGGAAGCUUGUUGUAUGCAACAGGGAGGGGCAAUUGAAGGCAAGCUUUCUUUAAAAAUGUCUAUAUUUCUGGGCAACAUGUACCGUGUUAUGCUCAACCCGCUCAUUUUUCCACCACACAACACCAGAGAAUGUACAGAAAGAGCAGGACCAGCUCACCUGCUUUUACACUGACUGGACUAUUCAAUGUUUCUUUUGGAAAAAUCAUAUCACCAUAUUAAAGCGAGAGUUCAGUUCAUUUAACAGGGUUGACCUUAAAAUCAGGGACAGGUUAAAAUAAAUCACUAAUCACAUGAAAUGAAUUAAUCUCUAGAAAUGGCUUUGUCAAAGCAACAAAAUAACUAGGGCUUUACAAUGGUGGUGAAAACUUUUGGGGUUAAAGGUCAGCAGUUGCUACAUUCAUUGUUGAUUCUUGAAGAAUUGAACUGAUAAAUACCUUCCAUGAGCUUAGUUCAACUGUCCCACCACUGUGUUCAGCUGUCCUUGCAUCCAUAGCCCUGUCUAUGAUGUUGACUGGUUACAUUUCUUCAGCCCAGUCCCUCAGCUUUUUACCAAAACAGGGGCGGGGACUUAAUGUAUUGUUUCUACUGCUGAUUGCAGCUUUAAGUGGGUUAAAAUCUUGCUAGAGGUCAAAGGGAAAUGCCAAAAUACUGACUUUAUGGCACUGUAGCAAGUCUUUUCAUAUUAAAAGUCAGAAUUUGUGGUCGAUAUUAAAGGGCACUUCAUUUAAUAUAGAAGGCUGUUGAAAUACAGUGUUGGUGGACAGUUGUUACUUAAAUAUCAAAGGGAUGCAAAAGAAACGUUUGUGGAACAACCCUGUUCAGCGUUGCUUCAGGUCCUCCUUAUAAGCCAGCCAUCUUCAUUAACAAAGGAACUGUCAAGCUGAAAUGGCUGGUUUAGCAUAUUUUCAUAUCGAACACCCCUCCCCCACAAACUAUAACAAAGAUAAAGCUAGAACCGUGAGCAAGGCGAUUGGCUAGUGGGUCAUUCAUGUUUUUAAGCUUUUGUUUUGUAACUGUGUUUACUGCCUGUUUCUGAGUAGAUCAGAGAGAGAUACUGUUUUAUUUAUCCACAAUAAUUACUGUUCUUGUCAGAUGGUAAAAAACCAUGUCAAAGGUCAAAUCCAGUAUGUUCUAUUCCACCGCUGCCUUAAAGGUUUAUAGGAAGACGGGUGUAAGAUUUCCUUCAAUUUAUGUCAGAGAAUUUCCAUUGUUGGAAUGUUGAUGUAACUAACAUUUGAUUUGCAUCUAGGACGAUCUAGCCUAAAGAGCUGUAUGUUUUAUAAGGUGUUUAUUUAUCAACUAAUGUAUUAAUCAACUGUCUGCACAACUUCUUAUUGGGUGGCAAUUAUAGUCCAUUUUGUUUUGGUGUAUUUUACUGUUGAAAGAAAUGGAUGUUGAAUAAGUUACAUAAAUAUAUACACUGUGCCCAGGUCAGGAAAGACUUGCAUCAAUUAAUAUAUCUAGAUGCUGUACGUAGAGGGGCGUUGUGCCGGGAAGACGGGCUUUACGUAGAGGGGCGUUGUGCCGGGAAGACGGGCUGUACGUAGAGGGGCGUUGUGCCGGGAAGACGGGCUGUACGUAGAGGGGCGUUGUGCCGGGAAGACGGGCUGUACGUAGAGGGGCGUUGUGCCGGGAAGACGGGCUGUACGUAGAGGGGCGUUGUGCCGGGAAGACGGGCUGUACGUAGAGGGGCGUUGUGCCGGGAAGACGGGCUGUACGUAGAGGGGCGUUGUGCCGGGAAGACGGGCUGUACGUAGAGGGGCGUUGUGCCGGGUAGACGGGUCAUUGUCUCAUUCAGUAUGCAAACCAAACGUUGUGGAGCGUUGCAGACAUAAAUAUCAUGAAGAGAGCUUUGAUUCCUUAUCCUGCAGGUCAGAGGCAUGUUAGUUCUACAAAAAACAUAUCUUAACAUUCCACAACAGUGUGCGCUGCUGAACGCAGCCUUGUUGUUUACAAUUCAUCUGCCACAGUGAUAAUGAUCCAUUCCCCCUGGGGGUGCGCGUUCAGCAAGACGCAAUGUUGGGGAACGUUCAGAUAGAAAUAUGCUAUGUAGAACAAACAUGCCUCUCUGACCUGUAGAAUAAGGAAUCAUGUUGGCUCUAUUUCUGGUGUUUCUAUUUGCAAAAUUUUGGCUGCUGAACGUGGCCCUGGGGUUCUAUUGACGUAACCAGGAAGUGGGCAGGAAACAGUGAGGGCAGGGCCUCUGCUUCAAAGAGGGCGGAAGUCAGUCUCCAAAAACAACUUCUGUUAGACUGUCCGAUGUGUACAAUAAAAGAGUUGGUGCUGUUUUAUUGAA